AUGGAUCCUCCUCGUGGUCCCUUGAUCCUGCAUCUCGCUCUCAUCCGCACUGGCACUGCGUCUAUGGCCAAGGCCUACGAGAUCCUUGGCUACAAAAACGUUUACCAUGGGCUGACAAUGUUGGACCGCAACCAAGAUUGGGUCUUGCUGGAGAAAGCCGCCGAUGCCACUUACCCUCAGGUGUUGAACCCUGGCAAGAAGCCUCCGCCUCCGUGGACUCGGUCCGACUGGGACCAAUUGUUUGGAGAAUGUGAUGCCGUCACGGAUUUAGGGUCUUUCUUUUCGCUGCAACUGCUUGAGGCGUACCCGGACGCCAAAGUUGUCCUCGUCGAGCGAGAGUAUGACAGAUGGUGGCGCAGCGUUGAAGAUGUUGCUAUUUACGCGUUAUGGAGCCUCCCGGCACGCAUAUUUUCCUACAUUGAGCCUAUCACAGGGGUUAGGUCCGGUGAUACUGUCAGAAAGAUGAUGCUGGGUUUUUUCAACGCCCGAGAUGUUCACCAACUCAGAAAGAACGCAAAAGAGAGGUAUUUUGAACACUAUCGUCAGGUCCGCGAGUUGGUGCCGCCUGAGCGACUUCUCGAAUAUCGCCUCGACGACGGAUGGGGUCCUCUGUGCCGGUUUCUGGGACGAGAAGAGCCCAACGUCGAAUUCCCCAGAACAAACGAGACAAAGGAAAUUAGAAAGAUCGCCUGGGCUCGAUUGUGGAAGUAUACAGGAAUGGCUGCAAUUAUUGUGGGAAGAUAUGCCAUCGGCAUCAUGGUUCUCGGUGCGGCUUUGUGGUUCGCGCGAGAACGAAGUGCAGAUGUUUUUGCUUUUCUUUCCAGGUAUAUUAAUUGA